AUGUUCACCCGUGUGGGCAUGGGUCUUCCUGAGUACACGGAGGCAGAGGUGCAAACGUGCACCUCUGCAGAAGUGUUCACAUCUGCCUUUCUUGGGGACAUUGCCCUGGACGAAGAGGACCUGAGGGCCUUCCAGGUACAGCAGGCUGCGGAUCUUAGACAGCACACCGCUCGUAAGUCCUCCAUCAUAGGUGCAGUUCCAGGAAACACUUCUAACCCCAGCUGCCAGAGCACCAACGGGCAGCCUCAGAGGGGAGCCUGUGGGAGAUGGAGAGGCAGAUCCCGUAGCCGACGGGCGGCAACGUCCCGACCAGAACGUGUGUGGCCCGAUGGCGUCAUCCCCUUUGUCAUUGGGGGAAACUUCACUGGUAGCCAGAGGGCAGUCUUCCGGCAGGCCAUGAGGCACUGGGAGAAGCAUACCUGUGUCACCUUCCUGGAGCGCACGGACGAGGACAGCUAUAUUGUGUUCACCUAUCGACCUUGCGGGUGCUGCUCCUACGUGGGUCGCCGCGGCGGGGGCCCCCAGGCCAUCUCCAUCGGCAAGAACUGUGACAAGUUCGGCAUCGUGGUCCACGAGCUGGGCCACGUCGUCGGCUUCUGGCACGAACACACUCGGCCAGACCGGGACCGCCACGUUUCCAUCGUUCGUGAGAACAUCCAGCCAGGGCAGGAGUAUAACUUCCUGAAGAUGGAGCCUCAGGAGGUGGAGUCCCUGGGGGAGACCUAUGACUUUGACAGCAUCAUGCAUUAUGCUCGGAACACGUUCUCCAGGGGCAUCUUCCUGGAUACCAUUGUCCCCAAGUAUGAGGUGAACGGGGUGAAACCUCCCAUUGGCCAAAGGACACGGCUCAGCAAGGGGGACAUUGCCCAAGCCCGCAAGCUUUACAAGUGCCCAGCCUGUGGAGAGACCCUGCAAGACAGCACAGGCAACUUCUCCUCCCCUGAAUACCCCAACGGCUACUCUGCUCACAUGCACUGCGUGUGGCGCAUCUCCGUCACACCCGGGGAGAAGAUCAUCCUGAACUUCACAUCCCUGGACCUGUACCGCAGCCGCCUGUGCUGGUACGACUACGUGGAGGUCCGAGAUGGCUUCUGGAGGAAGGCGCCCCUCCGAGGCCGCUUCUGCGGGUCCAAACUCCCUGAGCCCAUCGUCUCCACUGACAGCCGCCUCUGGGUUGAAUUCCGCAGCAGCAGCAAUUGGGUCGGAAAGGGCUUCUUUGCAGUCUACGAAGCCAUCUGCGGGGGUGAUGUGAAAAAGGACUAUGGCCACAUUCAAUCACCCAACUACCCAGAUGAUUACCGGCCCAGCAAAGUCUGCAUCUGGCGGAUCCAGGUGUCUGAGGGUUUCCACGUGGGCCUCACAUUCCAGUCCUUUGAGAUUGAGCGCCACGACAGCUGUGCCUACGACUAUCUGGAGGUGCGUGAUGGGCACAGUGAGAGCAGCACCCUCAUUGGGCGAUACUGUGGCUACGAGAAGCCCGAUGACAUCAAGAGCACAUCCAGCCGCCUCUGGCUCAAGUUCGUCUCUGACGGGUCCAUUAACAAAGCGGGCUUUGCCGUCAACUUUUUCAAAGGUGCCUCCUCUCCUACUCUCCCCUGCCCCAAGAGGGACCAGACACAGGUCCCUGAGCCUUGGGGAGUCCACAGGCUCCCCAUCUUCUCCUUACUGCUUCCCAGCCCACAUCUCAGCCCUUUCCCAUGGCAGGGGCUCCCUGCAGAUGAUGCCACUUUCCUUGUCCCUGCAGCUGCCUGUGGCGGAUUUCUCACCAAGCUCAACGGCUCCAUCACCAGCCCAGGCUGGCCCAAGGAGUACCCCCCCAACAAGAACUGCAUCUGGCAGCUGGUGGCCCCCACUCAGUACCGCAUCUCCCUGCAGUUUGACUUCUUCGAGACAGAGGGCAAUGAUGUGUGCAAGUAUGACUUCGUGGAGGUGCGCAGUGGACUCACAGCCGACUCCAAGCUGCAUGGCAAGUUCUGUGGUUCUGAGAAGCCCGAGGUCAUCACCUCCCAGUACAACAACAUGCGCGUGGAGUUCAAGUCCGACAACACCGUGUCCAAAAAAGGCUUCAAGGCCCACUUCUUCUCAGACAAGGACGAGUGCUCCAAGGAUAACGGCGGCUGCCAGCAGGACUGUGUCAACACGUUCGGCAGUUAUGAGUGCCAGUGCCGCAGUGGCUUCGUCCUCCAUGACAACAAGCACGACUGCAAAGAAGCCGGCUGUGACCACAAGGUGACAUCCACCAGUGGUACCAUCACCAGCCCCAACUGGCCUGACAAGUAUCCCAGCAAGAAGGAGUGCACGUGGGCCAUCUCCAGCACCCCCGGGCACCGGGUCAAGCUGACCUUCAUGGAGAUGGACAUCGAGUCCCAACCUGAGUGUGCCUACGACCACCUGGAGGUGUUCGACGGGCGAGAUGCCAAGGCCCCCGUCCUCGGCCGCUUCUGUGGGAGCAAGAAGCCUGAGCCCAUCCUGGCCACAGGCAGCCGCAUGUUCCUGCGCUUCUACUCAGAUAACUCGGUCCAGCGAAAGGGCUUCCAGGCUUCCCACGGCACAGAGUGCGGGGGCCAGGUACGGGCAGAUGUGAAGACCAAGGACCUUUACUCCCACGCCCAGUUUGGCGACAACAACUACCCUGGGGGUGUGGACUGUGAGUGGGUCAUUGUGGCCGAGGAAGGCUACGGCGUGGAGCUCGUGUUCCAGACCUUUGAGGUGGAGGAGGAGACUGACUGCGGCUACGACUACAUGGAGCUCUUCGACGGCUACGACAGCACAGCCCCCAGGCUGGGGCGCUACUGUGGCUCAGGGCCUCCUGAGGAGGUGUACUCGGCGGGAGAUUCUGUCCUGGUGAAGUUCCACUCAGAUGACACCAUCACCAAAAAAGGUUUCCACUUGCGAUACACCAGCACCAAGUUCCAGGACACACUCCACAGCAGGAAGUGACCACUGCCUGAACAGGGGCGGGGACCGGAGCCUGCUGCCCUUGGUCACUUAGACUGGACAGUGGGGGUGGGCGGAAGGCGACGCACCAUACCUCUCCCCCAGGCCCCAGGACCUGCCGGGCCAAUGGCCCGGUGAGACUGUCCAUAGGAGGUGGGGGGAACUGGACUCCGGCGUAAGCCACUUCCCCACAACCCCUCGACCAGCAAGGGGCUGGGGCCAGGGAGCAGAGCUUCCCCAAGACAUUUCAAAGUCACCAUUCCUCUCUUCGGGGGCUCUGCCUGGUGGCAAGAAGGAAUGUCAGCAGGACCCCGUUGCCGUCCCUGUGUCUACACGCUGUAUUGUGUAUCGCCGGGGGCAUUAUCUUCAUUGUAAUGUUCAUUUCCCACCCCUGCUCCAGCCUCGAUUUGGUUUUAUUUUGAGCCCCCACUACACCCCCCAGUUUCCUGGGGCACAAGUGUCUGUGUGUGUCCCCCAGGAGCCGCUGUGGGAAGCUGAUGGGGAGGGGAUGGAGGAACAAGACAGGGCUUCUCUCAGGCCCAGUGGCCGGUCAGCCACACCAGGGCACCACAGCCAAUAAACCGAAAGUGUUACAGCCAA